UCCGGAGAAUAAAGCCCUGGAGCAGAGCGUCCUGCCAGCCUUCUACUCUCCCAGAACACAGACACAAUCUACCCUUCGCUCGCUGUGACCAGCUCCUUCUGUGCCAGCCAUGGCAGCCCAGGAGCCCCUCCAUGUGAAGACUCCACUGCGUGACAGCAUGGCCCUGUCCAAAGUGGCUGGAACCAGUGUGUACCUAAAGAUGGACAGCUCCCAGCCCUCGGGUUCCUUCAAGAUCCGAGGCAUUGGGCACCUCUGCAAGACGAGGGCAGAACAAGGCUGUAAACAUUUUGUCUGCUCUUCAGCGGGCAAUGCGGGCAUGGCGACUGCCUAUGCUGCCAGGAGGCUGGGCAUCCCAGCCACCAUCGUUGUACCCAACACCACCCCUGCCCUCACCAUCGAGCGGCUCAAGAACGAAGGCGCCACGGUUGAAGUGGUGGGAGAGAUGUUGGAUGAGGCCAUCCAACUGGCCAAGGCUCUAGAAAAGAACAACCCAGGCUGGGUGUACAUCUCCCCCUUCGAUGACCCCCUCAUCUGGGAAGGCCACACUUCCAUCGUGAAGGAACUGAAGGAGACACUGAGUGCCAAGCCCGGGGCCAUUGUGCUAUCAGUGGGUGGCGGAGGCCUGAUGUGUGGAGUCGUCCAGGGACUUCGAGAGGUGGGCUGGGAGGAUGUGCCCAUCGUUGCCAUGGAGACCUUCGGCGCCCACAGCUUCCAUGCAGCCACCAAGGAAGGAAAGCUGGUCACCCUGCCCAAGAUAACCAGUGUUGCCAAGGCCUUGGGUGUGAACACCGUGGCGGCCCAGGCCCUGAAGCUGUUUUAUGAACACCCCAUUUUCUCUGAGGUCAUCUCAGACCAGGAGGCGGUGGCCGCCCUCGAGAAGUUCGUGGAUGACGAGAAGAUCCUGGUGGAGCCUGCGUGUGGAGCGGCACUGGCCGCAGUGUACAGUGGUGUGGUGUCCAGGCUGCAGAACGAGAGCCGGCUGCCGGCCCCGCUGGCCUCGCUGGUCGUCAUUGUGUGUGGUGGCAGCAACAUCAGCCUGGCACAGCUGCAGGCGCUCAAGGUGCAGCUGGGCCUGAACGGGCUGCCCAAGUGAUGUCCUGGCCUCCCCGAGAAGGGACACCAGGCGCCCCCCCCCUCUGAGUAAUGCGGGCAGGGGAUGCACCUGACAGUGGUCCCACCCUCCUUUACCCAUGUUUAUAACAUGCACUUUUUCAUUGUAAAUAAGUAAAUAUAUAUAUUUAUAAAGCAAAGA